AUGCAACAACCAAAUUUUAGUGAGCUACCGCCGGUGAAUUUUUCGGUGGAGCCAUCACCGGUAUAUAGCCGGAGUUCGAGUUUUAGUAGUCUUAUGUCGUGUAGUCUUAUGUCGUGUUUGACGGAAACAUGGGGUGACUUGCCUUUGAAAGUUGAUGAUUCUGAGGAUAUGGUUAUAUAUGGACUGUUGCGCGACGCCGUUAGCGUUGGAUGGACACCCUUUAACGACGUUAAAGUGGAGACGAGGAUUGAAAUCGAACCCGAGAUGAGUUUAGCAGCGGUGAAGACGGAAUAUGUGGCUCCUCCGCCAGUGACGGCGAAGCCAGGGGUGGCGGAAUUGAAGGGGAGGCACUAUAGGGGGGUGAGGCGACGGCCAUGGGGAAAGUUUGCGGCUGAGAUAAGGGACCCGGCUAAAAACGGCGCUAGAGUGUGGCUUGGGACAUAUGAAACAGCUGAAGAAGCGGGUUUGGCUUAUGAUAGAGCGGCUUAUAGAAUGCGUGGCUCGAAAGCUUUGUUGAAUUUUCCUCACAAAGUUGGCUCGAAUGAGCCAGACCCGGUAAGAGUGACGGCUAAGAGGAGGUCACCUGAGCCGGCAGCUUCAUCUGCUUCGGAGAGUUGCUCACCUAAGCGGAGAAGGAAAGAAGCGGUGGCUGAGCAAGCUGAAUUGGAGGUGGAGAGCCGAUCAAAUGGCUGUCAAGUUGGGUGGCAAAUGACAAAAUUGCCAUUGGGUGGACAACUAUUGGUGACCUAA